AACCCCGCUUUGUGUGCGUUUCGGCUACUGGGACUGCACUUCCUGGAUUUCGGCGAGCCAUUGCGCGCACCCAUGUCCCAUCGACGCGACGGAGUUCGUGUGGAGAAGAACAAGAGCCUGUCCAUAAUAUAUACCAUUUUCUCAUAUUAAGGCUUAUCUUAGGCUAGAUCAAUUUAACGCUUUAUCCAGUAGAGAAACAGGAGAGACAUCGAUGCGCUUUGAUUUCCGUCUACGUAAGACGGUUCGGGACAGCGGCGUUCUGGUCCGAUUCAAACAGGUGGAACACGAAUCAGGUGGAGUUUGGAGGAGGAUGGUAUCACGACAGACCGGGCUGCUAUAGCCAUUCCUUCUAAUUAGUUGUGGACCCGUGCUAAAAUAUGCACUCCUUAUUCUAGCCUUACUUAACGUCAAAUAGGCUACCACGUUUUGUUGUAUCUGAUAUUCAAACGGCGAAUCUUUAUAGAUUGGAGACCUUUAACACACAGGUGGGAGAUACCCGUUUAAUAGGACGGCACUUCUUUCAGUUCCUCGGCGCAGGAUAUGAGCUACUGACAUUUGUUAUUACCCUUUGGGACAGGAGACGAACGGUUUCCGCUAACAGGUGUGAGAGUACACCAAUCGUUCAUUGCCUGAUACGGAAUCCUUCCUCAUUGUUCGCAGAAAUAUCAAUCUAACUCGUAUAUGGCUCCCUUUCUAACCAGGAGAGGGACAUUUAACAGUUAAUUGAAAUAAAUCGAUAAAUCGAAUAAAAUAGUGCAUUAUUAGUGUUUGGAGUUAUUUUUGAGACCCCGUCCUCCAAUCUAAAGGGACACGGGACAUCAGAGAGAAAUCAUGUCAACGAAAAAACCCAGCGUGGAUUUACCCAAAAGGAGCAGAAGCCCGGUGGCGUUUGAAGGAGAGAUGUUCGGGGAAUUUCAGGACUGGUGUCUCCGUACUUACGGGGACUCGGGUAAAACAAAGACAGUCACCCGGCGAAAAUACAAUAAGAUUCUCCAGACCCUUUCACACACGGAUGAGUCGGACCCUGUCUACAUCGAGAGCAACCACAUCAACGCCAAAUUCAAAUUCUGGGUGAAGUCCAAAGGGUUCCUUGUUGGGACAAUUCAAGGGGACCUGAACAAGAAUGGAGCCGCCGACAGACCUGUCCUGUAUGUCCCUAUCAAGGCGACGUGUGCGGAUGGGGGCUCUGGGUCCGACUCCUCUCUGAAGAGGGUGGCAGUGGUGGAGGACUUCUUUGACAUCAUCUAUGCCAUGCACGUAGAUAUCAGCGCCGACCCUGGCAAAUCACCCAAACACGCCGGACAGAAGAAGACCUACAAAGCGAUUGCGGAGACGUAUGCCUUCCUGCCCAGGGAGGCAGUGACCCGUUUCCUGAUGAACUGUGGCGAGUGUCAGAAGAGGAUGCAUAUCAGCCCGGGUGGAGCAGAGUUCAAAGAGAAUGACAGACCGACAUCACUGGUGCCGGAUCUCAUCGACUACAACAUGCCGCUCACCACCACCUAUCUGAAGCAGAUGAAGCUUCAGUACAUGAGUACAAAUGAGCAGGAUGAGAGUUCAGUGAGCAGUGAGGACUUUGAUAUGACCGACCCCACAUGGAUAUCAGCUGAUCACGGCCCUGCUUCCAACCUGAGUCCCCCGAACCACGGAGAGAGAAUGCACAGCCCUCAGAACUCGCACAUUAAGGAGGAGGACGACGACUCAUCCUCAGAGAGCGGCAGCGGGAACGGCAUGCACACCAUGACACCUCCGUUCGCGGGUGGGGUGGCCCCGGGGUCGGAGGGGGGAGCGGGUGGACCCCCUUACAGGGAGAUGGUAAACGGCAAUGGGCCCCCGGCCCCGCUGGACUUCAGCACCACCUCCUCGUCCUCAUCGUCCGAGGACCAACAGGCGCCGGUCAACCUGAGUGAGACCAGGCUGCCCGGGACUGCCCUGAUGGGCCCCUUCCAGCCCGACCCCCCAGAUGAGCUGCGCAGGAAGUACCCUGUCAAGCCCCUCCCCCAUGCCGCUGAGCUGCGCCUGGACAGAGACUCGAUCAGGGACUACGGCAACAAGUCUCCUCAGUACAGCUCAGGAAGCUACGACUCAUUGAAGAUGGAGACGUGUGCCGAGGACCUGACCGUGACCAGAAGUGCGGCAGCAGCCGAGGACGAUGACGAUGACCAUGAAGAUCACGACGACAAUGACAAGAUCAACGACACGGAGGGCGUGGACCCAGAGAGAUUAAAGGCCUUUAACAUGUUUGUGCGUCUGUUUGUGGAUGAGAACCUGGACCGCAUGGUGCCCAUCUCCAAGCAGCCAAAGGAGAAGAUCCAGGCCAUCAUUGAGUCGUGCAGCCGCCAGUUCCCCGAGUUCCAGGAGCGCGCUCGCAAACGCAUCCGCACCUACCUCAAAUCCUGCCGCCGCAUGAAGAAAAGCGGCAUGGAGACACGACCCACACCACCUCACCUCACCUCAGCCAUGGCUGAGAACAUCCUGGCAGCCGCCUGCGAGAGCGAGACACGCAAGGCUGCCAAGAGGAUGCGGCUGGAUGUCUACCAGGCACAUGAGGAGCAGAUAGCACUUGACAAGCCCGGUUCUCGCGAGCCGGCCUCCCUGGCCCACUCUGCCUACUCCCUGGCCGCCUCGGCCUACUCCCAGGACCAGCUCUACACCAACGGUGGGCUCAACAAUAGUUACCGUGGUUACGGGGGUCUGGGAGCUAGCAUGCAACACCCAGUCUCCCUGACAACCGCCACUGCUCAGAGCAACGGCCCUACUGACCUCAGCAUGAAGUCCCUGGGGUCAAACUCUUCAUCGGCCAGCUCAAACAGUCACGGGCGGAGUGCUGGUGUCAUAGGUGGCGGGGCCUCGGCACAGCUCAGCCCAACAGAGAUCACGGCCGUGCGGCAGCUCAUCGCCGGCUACCGCGAGUCGGCCGCCUUUUUGCUCCGCUCGGCCGAUGAGCUGGAGACCCUGAUCCUGCAGCAAAACUGAGCCGGAAACUCCUCCUCCCCGUCUCCCUGCUUCUCCCUCUUUCUCUCUGACUCUCCCACACGACCCCUAACCAACUACUCUCCCACUCACCAGAUCCAUCUGUCUGUGUUUCGUCCUCCCCCACUGACCUGUAUAUUCUCCCCGUCUCCAGAAGGGAGGCAUGCAACAGUGCUACCUUCCUCUAGUGUAAUAUUCUAACCCCCCCCCCCCUGAUUGUUUUAUCAUCAGUGCGUGGAGAGAAAGAGCACCGUCUGCGACGACUUGGGAACAGCGUUUCUCCCCCUCUUGAACCACCUGUAAAGGAACAUGCUCCCUCCCAAUCAUAACAGCUCUGCCUCACUUCCACAGCUCUGUGGAAAGAAGAGGGGUGACAGGGAGAGAGCCGGAAAUUAGUCUACCAAGUGAUGUGCAGGAGAGUGCUGGGGCUGGAGUGCUGGAGAACACUGCAGGGUUGUGCUGUGAUGAGGAGAGAACAGCGCCCCCUUGUAUGAGGAAGAGAAGUGGAUCCUUUUGGUGUGCCAGGAAGCUCAAUGUGUUACUGUACACAGAUCCCCUCAACAAGCUCGCCAUCCCCAAUAACAAUGAAAACGAGACUCUCUGAACAGUAGUAACAAAAUGUUUGUUAAUGACAAAUACUUUUGAUUUGAGAUCUGAAUUUGUUUGUUUGACUAUAAGAAGACAUUUUGAACCACUUUUUGGAUGAACAGAGGCUGAAGAAGGCUGGAAAGAAAGAGACAACUUGUUGCGCUCGGUGUAAAUAAACUCUGUGUCCUAAAGCACUUUCCCAUGAUUCAGACCUCACCUCCCCAUUGAGUAAUAAAGAACUCGAUGUGCCCGGGAGCAACACUUUAUCUUAUGCAUUAUGGAGAUGCCAUCUAUUCCACAUGGAAAUACCUCAGAUCUAUCAACCCACCGUUCGAGUACUUCAUUCCUACUUGGGUGGCGACGUCACACAACGCUCAUCACACAACACUCACCCGUUACUACCUGAUGUGUUCCGUGUUUUCAUAGACCUGCAGGAAGCAAAGUCUUAACCAUUUCAAGAAGUUUCCAGAGUAAAUAUUGUAACUAUAGUUCGAAUUUAAAACAACAAAAAAAGUAUUGUUUGUCCUGUUAUUUGUGUACUGUAAAUACUCAGUCCAUAUUUGAUUCUAGAAACACCAUGAAGAGAACACGAAAAAGCAUCAGUAAAGUGAAGGACUGGGGGGCAAGGUAGUAUUUUCCGUGGGAGACUGAACCUCUCUGACGAUAGCUGGUAGUUUUCUUAUUUUGGAGUUCCCCAUUUUUUCCAACCCUCUUGUGGCUCAUUGCUCUCCCAUCAAUUCCAGGUUUUGGUUUGUCCCGACUCAUCACUCGAUGAUACCCUGUCUUUUUCCGUGUCCGGUUCUGCAUUCCUCUCUCGAACAUAUCCCCCAUCUCUUCCCUGACCUGAGCCCAGUCCAGCUCGGUUCUGGGAGGGAUAACGUAUGUCUUUGUCUAUUGACUCUUUGAGAUGACCAUUAAUCCACGCUGCUGCUAUAUGUACCGGACUUUUGCCACAGACCUGUAACCUCAAGUCAGGACGCCAUCCUCCUGCACAACCAGAGCACCUCAAGACAACAACACAAACAAAAAGAAGAUAAAACUACUCAAAACCGAUAAGAGACUAAAAUCUUACUUUUAAAAACGUCAUGCCAUCCCAGUCAGUUGUUUCUCUUUGCUACUAGGCACUCUGGUUGAUCUUUUUGUUCUUUCAUAGGGCUGUGUUGUUUGUACAGUGACCUUUUUCUUUUUAGCUUUCUUCAUGACUUUGAAUCUCUGGAGGCAUAUAGGGAUCAACGUGCUCCUCUUGCAGCCACUCACAAGGGUGCUCUGGGCAUAUCUAUUUUACUGUGCAGUCAAAGUCUGGGAGGUUUGUACCUUUUAGAAUGAGUGUGAGAAAAAAAAAAUGCAAAAUGUUUCUUCAAGAGGCAGGCCUGAAGGGGCUGACUGUUGUGUCACUGUAAUUUGCUCCCUUUUGCACACUGAAGCAACUGAAAUCUGUGACGGAGGCCCUGCUUGUUCAGGGCUCCAUCUUGCACUGGCGAGGUGUGGCCUACUAAAGGAAAGAGGAAGAGUAUUUGCAAUGCAGUUGAUAAUCAUCCUGGCCCUUGACAGCAUAGUGUUAACGAAAAAUAAACAGUGUGGGUGCUACGAUGUUUCACAACCACCACUAUUGGGGGGGGGGGGGGGGCUUGUGUAAAUGAAAGCCAUUUGAUGUAGGUGUGCUACCUCCAUGGCCUGAGAUUGAACGGAGCACUGUGCUCACUGGUGACACACUCUGAACCACAGAACAACACCUUGAUAAAGCCACCCAGCAUACAUGUGCAAUGUCAAAUCCAAUCUCCAUAAUGAGUACACAUUGAUGUACAAAUAUUUAAUUUAUGGAAAUAUUAUGGCUAGAUAGAAAGUAGAAAAUGGACUCCCAAGACGUUCUAUUUAUCUCUGAGCAAGCUCUUGAUUAGAUCUGCGUGGUGGGUAAAAAUGACACAAACACAAGAGAAAUAUGCAAAAUGACCAGUCAAGAGGAAACCCCUCACUGUGUUCUCUCGCAACGUGGCUGUGAGGGCUUCAAAAUGUGCUUUCUUAUUAGUAUCACCCUCAUUUUUGCAGAUCCAUCCCUCACUCUGCUCCUGCCCUGGGGUCUUAGGCUACAAUUACCUCAGCACAUACAACACAGCAGUGUAUCAGUACAGUAACAUAGUAGAGGAAUUACUGUAUCACAGGUUGUUGUUUUUUUGUGGGGGGGGGGGCUAACUUAGUAGGGGAUCUGUCUUAUUCACUUCCAUCUUAAAACUGCCUUUUUUGCCACUGAGUUUUCAAAUGAUUGCCAGACACGCAGUGCUGUGGCCAAACUGUACACAGUGCUGUAAGUGUUUGUGAUCUUACAGUGCGGACGCUAGAGCCAGUGUUGUCGUCCUAUGUGUUUCCCUAUUGCCCCGGGUCAACACAGUGAUGGUUUGAUGGAUCGAACCUCUUUAGAGAUGACUGCUGGAUAUUGUAACGUUGCAUGCCACAACACAUCUGCUAUAUGGUUUUGUGAAGAAGAAGAAGAUUGUGACAGUUAUGCAUUUCUAAUAUAGACAAGGGACAGUUAAAUGUAUCUGUACAAAAGGAGUAAGAGAUGCGAUGACAUAGUAAAGAGGAUCUUGCUAAAUACGACUCCCUCCUCUGUUUGCACCCUUUGGGGUUUGCUCUGUAGUUUCUUAUAGACGGCUACAUACGUUAAGAAAACAUACUGUAAAAAUAGGCAAAGACAAUCUUGGAAAGGUGCAACUUGCUCACGGUUUGAUUUCCAUUCCUUUUCUGUGUGCAGCUAUUGCAUACAGUACGUCUUGGAGAUGACAAGAGUAUUUUAGCCAUAAUCAGAGGAUUCUUACUCAAACUUCUGACUCCUCAAGCGCGGUUGGAGCACUCAUAGUGGCCCCACUGUCGAUACACAUUUUUAUCUGAUUUCUAUUUUUAUUAUUCAUUUUGUUAUUAUUUUAUAUAUAUUUUGUAGUGCAAGUAAGUGGUCUUUUCAAAUAAUAUUUUGUACAAAAACCAACAUCUCAAGUGAAGUUACUCUGUAUGCCUAUACUGUACAUUCCAAACAAGGAUGUCAACACGUUUAACAACCGACCUGACCAGCAUCCCGUUUAGUGAUGUGACCUCAGACCAGAGGGAGUGCCCUCUGUUAAGAUUAGCAUUGUUGACCUUGUGAAUAGCGUCAAACAUGUUGUUGAUUGGAGCCAUGAUUAUUUUCCUGCUUAGGGCCAACAAGACUUUACAUGCCAGGGAAUGUGCCAACCAAGCACAGACCAAGUCUACGCCCUUAACCAUGCCCUUCAUGAAACUCCAACUCCCAGACUACUGUAUGCAUCUCUACCCCUGGGAAUGCUAUGUGGUAGUGUCAGCACUUCAGUGGAGGGGAAGUGUUUUGAGUGACGAGCAGGGGUAUUUUGCUGUGGGAAAGAUGUGAUUCCCUUUAUCAUACCGUUUUUAGCUCCAGCUGACAUUGGAUUACAUUGGAACUCAUUGACUUUACAAAUGAUGACCCCCAAUAGCGACGGUUCCAUUCGGACAGGUGCAGUUGUGGUGCUGGUCAGGGUACCGUGAAUGAAUACACACUUAAAAAAAAAGAAAUCUGCUUUGGUCAGAUGUAUAGCUCGACACAACAACAAAAAACAAUAGAAGAAGAAAACAAGUUUAUUUUUCUAUCAGGGCAGUGUACAGCUACAGUCAAAUCAAAAUGGUUUUUCCAACCAUAGUCUGUUUUAUUUAAUCAUUUGGUGGUGCUUUAGAUUCCUUGGUUCUGUUUUUAGGUUUUCCUCUUUACCUACUGUACCAGAAGCUGAUUGUCUUUUUCUCAGUUUUGAUUUGUACCUAAUACCAAUGUGAAACUGUAUUUUCCUCCUGAGUUUGGACUCAGUGGAAGUGUGAUGUUUACAUGUACAGAUUUGUUUUUGUAAUUUUAUUUAAUUUGGUCAUUUCUCUCCUCCCCACUCUGUUAAUCUAAUACCUUGUACAUUGAUGGGAAAUGGGACCGUGUCGAAAUAAGGUUAAUGUCACAUUUAGAAACUGGUUGUUGGGAGAGCUGUGUGCUUGGCUUAAGGAAAGCCCUCUCCUUAGCUGACCUGAUACACACAAACCAGGGGUCACAGUGAACUGACGCUCUGGUGUGACUACUUUACCAAUAUAUGAGAAUUUGUUCCACAGUGAAUGAUAAGCCAUUGACAUACCCUUUGCAGGGUUUUCUAGACUAUUAGUAUAUUUAGCGCGAAAAAACUAAACUGCAGACAAAAACCUCAGGAAAGGACAUCACUUUUUUAACAUGUCUUACUGAAGGGCCCAUUUCCCUCUUUGAUACCAUAUAAAUUAUAUAAAAAUAAGUAUUCUUUUUUAUAUUUAUUGUGUUAAAUAUAUAACAGUGGAUACCUUUUUCCAGUACAUGUGGCUAAAUAUCUGAAUUCUUUAGAAAAGUGUUGAUAAUAUAUGUAAAGCAACUUAAAGAUUGAAAAAAAACAACGAGAAAAAAAAACGAUUUCUGUUUGUUUAAUGCCAAACAGCAUGGGUAGUUAUUUUACCUAACAUAUCACUUUGAUUCAUGAAAAACCAAUGAUUUCAAAUUAAGCUUUCUUCGGUGUGAUGUCACUGCUAAGGUAAAAUGUUUUCAAAUCUCCCAAGCUGUAUGUCACAAGUCUAAAUAUACUAAUAAAACAGUGUGCUAUCAAACAGAAA